GGUCUUUCUCCACCGGCAGUCUCUCAAUCGUCUUGUGCUGUCAUCCCACGCCACCGAACCCUAGAUCCGCCGCCGCCCAACCGCAGAAAGUGAGGCCGAUGCCGUGGCCCUCGGCUGCCGCCGGACACCAGGAAUCGCAGCCGAUGCCGUCAGAUCCGGGAGAGCGCAGGGGUCUGUUCUCGUGCUUGUUCAGCGAGUGCGACGCUCCCCCCUUGGACAAAUCGAAUUUGGACGCCGAUCUCCUGGAGCUCCUCCUCGACUUGCACGAGGAGGCGUUCGGCCGGCUGCCCGUCCACGACAUGCCGGUGGAAGCCGCCGACCAGUUGGCCGUAUCCAUGCGCGAAGGCGGCCUCUGCCUCGGCCUCCUCGACCCCGUCACCAACAUCAUCCUCAACACCGUCGCCCUCCUCCCGCGCGACUUCGGGGACAUGGCAAAGCCCGACAGGAGGAGGUACAAGAGGCUGGCCGCCGGCAGGGUGCAACCCAGUGACUACAGCAGCUGGAACACCAGCUGGGUUUUGCCAUCCUCCGGCAGGGUUACCUGUGGGCCGUCCACCCGCAGGGCUACAUGGUACUCUAUUGCUGGGGCGUCCCGCCAGGCUCUCAUCAGAUUCAUGGUUGGCUACUUCGGAUGCCUCAGCGAAGAACAGGCCACCCGCUACCUCCACUGGGCACGCGCCGAUCUCGCCCUCGCAGUCCAGCUGGUCGAGCACGAUCUACACGCUGCUGCUGUUUCACCACCCGACCCUGCCUCUGAAAGGACGCAAGCCGCCUUCAAGUACGCCGCAAGCUGUGGGCGGCGGCACCCUGCGCCUGAUGACCUGGUGCGGCUCCAGGCGUCGCCCCUGCCCAAACAGUGCCUCCGCGACUCCGCCCCCUUGCUCGAGAAGGGAGGGCGCAAGCUCACCGUCGAUGAUGUCAUUGCCAUCAUGGAUUUGCUGCGAUACCAGGUCGGUGCCCCCUUGGAUCUUCAGUUCAGCUUGCGGCCAAGCGGAAGAGAGCUACUUGUCUACUGCCGGGACCUCAAGGCUGAUGAAGGGAGACUAGACAUUUCCAACACCACAAGCUCCGAUGGCUUCAAAAUGUUCACCAUCAAUGUCGAGCGUCAUGGAGACCACUUCGCGGCCCUGCGGUCUCCUCACGAGCACAGAUCCAUGAUCUCAUCCUGUUUGCAGAAGGUCGUGAAAACCACCAAAGCACACUUCGGCUCUGCGCUCAUGAUCUGUUCUGGCGAUGCCUGCGAAUACACUGGGUCUCUCAGGAUGAGGCUCCACGACAUGAUCCACGGCUUCUAUCUCAAAGUCUUCGCCAUGCUGCCCUCUACGUGGCUCCACCUCAUCCCCCACAUCCUAUUCGCUGGCCACUGCUAUGUCCCCAUGGACCCUGUCUCCAACAUCAUCAUCAACUCCAUUUGCCACCACAUACUGCGCCAGCUCCCAUGGUCAGCUGACUGCAAAGUAGAGGUGUAUGACAUCCUCGACACCCUCUCUAUGCUUCGUGUGGAGGUCCGUUCCUUGGAAGGCCUCAUUGCCCUCGUCCGAGCAAGCUCCGAGUCCCAAUGCUCGACGCAGCGGGCGAUGGAGCACCUCUCCUGCAAACGCUGUGACCUGUCCCAGGAGACGCACACCUCGCUGCAGUUUACUGACGCAGCCGCAGCCGCUCGACACCCACAACAUGCUGAGCUGGGAUCAUUCUUCGCUUCCCUGGCGCCCGACAGGCUCAUUGACCUGCGGCUCUUGCUGGCCACUAGCGCCGAUGGCAGGAUCUCCUCUGAGUCUCUUGGGGAAAUAAUAUCCACUCUCAAACAAAGUGCACUGCUGUUGGUGGCUCCCGUAUCUCCCAAUGCGGCUGAACUGUGCAACGAGGCUAAGGAGACUCUGCUACAAAAGAGGUCAUGUUAUAACGAGAUGAAGUUAUUCAUCCGCGCUGAGCUUGCGCAAGUGCUGAAGAAAUAUGCCUUUGAGCAUCCUCUGGAACCAAAAUAUGAGCCAAGUGUUAUCUGUGGUUUGGUGGCGGCUCCCAGAUCCCUAGACAGGCUUUCCUAUCAUGUUAAUUUUGUGGCUGCUUCUGAAUCUGAUAACCAACUCUUCUUUGCCGAAAUAAAUGAGCCAUUUCCUGACCCGCCAAAACCAAAUUUCUGCUGCCCUCUACCCCUGACAUCUACUGGUCGUUGCUACUAUGGAGAGGGGUCUGCGAGGAAGAUUGUGUAUCCAGAUUCAUCAGAACUUCUUGAGUGUAAUAUUGAUAUUACAGACUAUGGAACGGUGCACGCGGAUGGAUUGUUGGACCCAGAUUUCAUCUUGGAUUUUAGGAGAGACGCGCAGUUUGCAGAGGAUCUGAGGAAGUACUGUGAAGAACAAAAGGCUGAUGAGUAUGAAUUAAUAUGAAUUCCAACAGCUGGAGAAGGGAACGAGUAUGAAUUAGGUCUUGAGCCUUAUUAAGCCUGAUGUAGAAAUACUCCAUAUAUUAUGUAGUAGUAUGUGCUAUACUCAUUUAUUUAUGGGAGCCGCUAGGGAUCAGACUACAAUCAGACCAGUAAAUGGUGGUACAAUCCACAUGCAUGGUGUGUUUGAUUGCUUCAUUAAAGGGUGCCCCACAUUUGUUACGGGAUUUUCCCACUAAUUACGUCUAAUCAGUUUCCUAGUAACUGCUUGUGAUUUGCUUCCAACAAACAAAUAUUAAAAAUAUAUUUAUUUUUGCA